UCCUCCCUUGCAAGGGAGCCAGCGGACUCACCGCCAAAUUCUUGAAAGAGAUGCAUGAGAUCCUUGUGGAGUACGUCCAGGAGUCCUACGACCGUACCACCAAGAUCCUUGAAUUCAACCAUCCUCAUGACCUGAGGGAGAAGCUCCACCUGGAGCUCCCUGACAAGGCGGAGAACCUGGAUCAGAUUCUCAAUGACUGUCGAAACACGCUCAAAUAUUGCGUACACACAGGUCAUCCACGGUUCUUCAACCAAAUCUCACAAGGGCUCGAUAUCGUUUCAAUGGCAGGGGAAUGGCUGACAGCUACAGCUAAUACAAACAUGUUUACAUACGAGAUUGCACCAGUAUUUGUUUUGAUGGAGAGGGCCACAUUGAAGAAGAUGAGGGAAAUUGUCGGCUUCAAAGAUGGUGAUGGUAUUUUUGCCCCUGGGGGAGCUGUAUGCAACCUAUAUGCAGUGUUAGCUGCCAGGCAUAAAUUCUUCCCAGCCUGCAAAAGACGUGGCUUGUUUGGUCUGCCCAAUCUUGUCAUGUUCACCUCGGAACAGAGUCAUUUCUCGAUCAAACGGGCGGCCUCCAUCCUAGGUAUUGGUACAGAUAAUCUCAUCCUCGUUGAGACAGACGACAGGGGGAGGAUGAGUGCAGAGGAUUUUGAGAACAAAGUUCAACAGGCGAUUGGAAGGGGGGACAAGCCUUUCUUCGUCAAUGCUACAGCUGGCACUACCGUAGUUGGAGCAUACGAUCCAAUCAACAAAAUUGCAGAUAUCUGCUCAAAAUAUAACCUUUGGAUGCAUGUAGAUGCUGCUUGGGGAGGGGGUGCACUUCUUUCGCGGAAACAUCGUCAUAAACUGGAUGGUGUUAGUAGAGCCGAUUCGGUGACAUGGAAUCCUCAUAAGAUGAUGGGUAUUACACUACAGUGCGCUGCUGUGCUAUUCAAAGAAGACGGUCUUUUGGAGGACUGUAACUCGAUGCGCGCCCCCUACCUCUUUCAACAGGACAAGCACUAUGACGUUUCGUUUGAUACGGGCGAUAAGACCAUACAAUGUGGGCGCCAUGUAGAUGUCUUCAAACUUUGGUUGACGUGGCGAUCAAAGGGAACAAGGGGUUACGAGGUUCAAAUCAACAAACUCUUCGAAUUAGCCCAAUAUCUCGUAGACAAGAUAAAGGCGAAGGAAGGAUUCGAGUUAGUAUACGACAAGCCGGAGCUAACCAAUGUAUGCUUUUGGUAUUACCCACCUAGUCUACGUGAAAUGGAAAACUGCCAAGAAAAGCAGCUCAAACUUCACAAGGUUGCUCCCGAGAUCAAAGCAAUGAUGAUGAAUAAAGGUACGGUAAUGGUGGGCUACCAGCCUCUUGGCAGUAAGGUCAAUUUCUUCAGAAUGAUCGUGAACAACACAGCAUCAACCAAAUCCGACAUUGAUUUUAUGCUGGACGAGAUCGAAAGACUUGGCAAACCGCUGACCUGGGAUGCUUAAUUAGACGUAAUUAAAUUGUUGAAUAGGGGGGAAUAAUUCUUUUUAUUCCGCAGGUUGAUUAUUUGAAGAUUCACCAUCAAACCCUACUUUAAAGUGUGUAAAUGCAAAGCGUAUGAAACAAUUCGUAAAUAAUAAUAAUAUGAAGAGCUCACUUGCAAAAAGGGUUAGGUCCAUUUUUCAUCAAAGUUGAUUUUUAUGUCUCAAUUUAUAGAUUUUUAGUAGCUCUAUAAGAUGAUACCAAAGAAAAGUUGAAAUUCCUAUUAAAAAGUGAACUAAAAUGGCAAAGAAAAAUCACUUUUUUUUCAAAAGGGGUUACCGUUAGGCCCAUUACAGUUUAGUUGCAAAAGGGGUAAGGUCCACACAGAAUUUUUUUAGAAAAGAAUAUCUUAAAAAAUAUGAAGACAGGUACAUUUCUCUUAUACCCAAUUUUAUGUUCUCAUGGUAGGGUAUCAUGAAUAUUCAGUUUCGCAUAAGAAUAUUGCAAUGUGGGAGAAUGAAAAAAAAUGAUUUUCUUGUAGUGGACCCAAUCCCUUUUGCAACCAAACUCUUCUGAAGAACUCAUUUGUUAAAACGGAUUAGGUCAAUUUUUCAUAAAUUUUAUUUUUUUCUGUCUCUAAACCUCUAAAUUUUUAGUCACUCUGAUGAUACCAAAGACAAUUUGAAAUUCAAAUGAAAACGUAAAUGAAAGUGGCAAAGAAAGAUCACUUUUUUUAUCAAAAGAGAUUGGAUUCAUUUCAGUUUACUUGCAAAAGGGGUUAGGUCCACAAUGAUUUUUUUUUUAAUAUAUAGAAAAAAAUUGAAGGCAGGUAGAUUUCUUUUAUACCCAAUUUUAUGUUCACAUGAUAGGGUAGUACAUCAUGACAAUUUAGUUUCUCAUAAGAAUAUUGCAAUAAGUGAGAAUAAAAAACAUGUUUUUUCUCGGAAUGGUCCAAAGUGGACCUAACCGCUUUUGCAACUGAACUCUUCAUAUAUAAAAAGAAACAGAAACGUUUAUUGAAAAUGCAAUUUUGUGCCAUUAUGUUAAGCCAAACAAUACUGAGUUUAGGCCUAAUUGUUUAUUCUGUUUGCAUUUCAUUUUAUAUGAAGUAAACAUGCAGUAAUUAUUAUGAACCAACCUCAAGCUUUUAGUUGUCAUUAACUUAGAAUCUAGUCUUUCUUAUUUUGUUCUGUUGUUUUACGUUGCAUUUUUAGUUUGUACCAUGAAGCCAUAUAUACAUGUAUCUCUGUAAUGUUGGCCUUAAGUUGGUAUAACGUGUUUGGAUGCAGCUAGAUAGCAAAUAUCAAACAGCCGUGUCCAGUUCUAUAGUCCCGACCUUUCGUUUGAGGACGCGCACGCUUAUUUACGACGGUAGUUGAUUUUGGAAGAGACUUUUUGGGACCGUCAUCUUGGUCGUAAAAUUCUGUCAUGCAAUGCAAAUUGUGUGACAUGAGAUUUUUUUUUCGUUUCGCAUCUGCGACGGAAACAUUCAAUAUGCGUUUCGUGUGCAAAAUUCUGGUUGCUACUAUGGUAACAGCGAUUUAUCCGAUUUAGGACGACUUUCCAAAUCCACUUUUGGUUCCUCCCAGAGCUCGAGAAGCCGCCCGGGGGGCCCACUCCCAUUGAAUAGUGGAUACCAGGCGCGACCAUACGUAAAAAGAGAGAGUGGGUAAGUACGUUACGUAUAGGCCUAUAUAUGUAGCGUUAUAAGGGUGUCAAAAACGAUGAUUAAAAUACUGAAAAACGGGAUAUAUUUCCAAUACUUGUAGGGUGUCACAACCCAAAUACUUAAGAGAUGCAUUUUCAUAAUCUGGAAAAGACUUACUUCCCUUGUUUAGGGUGCUUUUCAAAACCCCAUGGUCGCGCCUGGUAUCCACUCAUCAACGGAAGUGUACCCCCGGGAAAUCCCCCAUUUCUGUGGAAAAUAACACAUACUGCCCAUUACAUUGUGUGCUAGAGGCAUAUUGUUUGUGUAUAAGGAGCAGGCAAAUGAAGAAAACCCCGCAAAUUUAGACGUUUUUCAGACGGUUUAUGGCCUAUUGCAUGCUGUGUACAUGUCAACGCAUGCGAAAAUGGUUCCGGCUGGAGAGGUGAUCUGACUCAUGGAAUCAAUUGCCAGUGAUCCACCAAUAAUGCACAUUAAAUGCAAUAUCGAUUCGAUGGACUGUAAUGAUAUAUAUCUAAGCAUUAAUUCGGUAAGUUUUUUCCUUACUCAAUAUGUACUCGAUUUGUCUGAAAAACCACUUUCUUAUCCAUGUCAUAAUCUACAUUUCGCAUGUCUCCAGCCAGCUGGAGUCAUAGCCAUGAUACAGGUACAGUCCCGCCCCGAGCUCAGGCAGGCAAAUGGCAUGGCAUGGCAUGCUCGGGGGCAUGCGGGUAUCAUAGAGCUCCAUGCUGGUAUCGUAUGAAAGAGCUUUGCACACGAAAAGCAAGAUCUAUAGGGCCUGUAACACAAAGCUUAGCAAUGAUUGUAGAACAGUUUUCUACGUUGACUAUAAUGUACAAUCAAUCUGAAAAUCGAGUCUAUGAUUAAUCGUUAACUUUUGAGUUACCCGACUCUAAUCUCGCGUUGUAGAGGAUUGCGAAAGGUGCCUAGUUCCAUCGUUUUGAGAACGUUGACCCACCAUUAUGUUAAAAGUGACUUGACCUUACCCCGUAAUUCCAUCUGCAGCGAUUUAUUUGAAUAAUAGUCAUAGCGGCAUUCUUGCUAUGUUUGAAAUAUUCACCCCCCUCAUCAUGAUAAUGGUUUCCAACGUUUAUAUAAACCCAAAUGUCAGUCACCCUUUUGGAAACACAUGUCUGUAAGCCAGUUCGUAGUUCCAUUCUGCGCAUGAUCAGAAGAUUCUGUGCAUGAUCAGAGAAAGGUCAUUUGUACUAAAGUGGCAUGGUGGUUUAAAAUUUAAUGAGAUAAGCACCAACUUUGGUGUCUUGACUAUUCAUAUAUUCUUUUCAAUUGUGUUUUUCAUUUGCAUCCACAAAGGACAAAAAUGCGUCCACGACUGGUAUUUCACUGCAGUUUGCCAAGUACAUUGUACAACAUGCUAUAAUAUGCAUUCAAAGUAGAAAUGCAACAAAUACCUUCAUAGAGUCUUCAAUGGUGUGCUAUUCUAGUCACCUGGUAUAAUUCAAUUUCUUCAUCCUGCUAUGUAAGGCAUGCUUAUGUUAUAUCCUGCUUUGAAAUCUGCCUAUCAUAAUGAAAUAAAUGAAAGGUCAUUUGACCAAAAUUGUCUCUAAUGUAACUACGAACUGGUCUAUUCUAUGGAUUUUUUUUUUUUUUUUUUUUGGGGGGGGGGGUGAAAUGAUGUAUGGACAUUACCCCUCCCCUGCCUAUUUCUCCUUGAUAUACAUGAAAACUCGAUAAUGAACUUCACUUUCAUGAUUUCGAAUAUCCUCCCUGUAAAAUGAUAAGGAAUUUUACACGAAUUACUAUUAUAUUAUGUUAUACUAUAUCACGAGUGGAACGAUCGAAACGCUCGUAUGUUUUAAGCAUUUUCAUUUUUAUCCACAGAUAAUUUCAUAAUUAAUGUGUGACAGGAGACUGAUAUUUUGGAGAGUUUGCAUUAAUUUUAUUUCAUUGAUAAUAUAUUUGACAAUGAAAUAAUGUAUAUAUAAGAUUAUAAUGUACAUACUCAUUUACAUUAUCAGUAAAUACUGAUAAUAAAGAUGUACAUUUGAAAUAUAUAUAUCAAAAUCAUUUUUGUUUUAGAGUAUGCUAAUCACAAAGCAUUUAACACAAAAUCUGAAUUAAUUAAUUUAUGAUGUGAAGGAGUAAAAGUUUUGAAUAUAUGUGUUUUAUGUAUGAAUGCAAAUAAUAAUAUCUUUUGUUUAAAAAAAAACGAAAUUGGACUGGAAUAUUAGCAGAAUUAUUUGAGUGAAUUUGUGAAAAUUCUUGCGAAAAUAAAAUUGUUAGUUAAAUGUGACUAGGUAACACUUUAGCUGUAUAAUGUAAUUUUUUUAGUGCAAUAUGUAUUUCUUGCAUUUCUGAUUUUAUCAUUUCUUAUUUUGGACAAACAAACAAAUGAAUGAUCGGAAAAUGUACCUUUAGGAGAUGAACAUUUUAAUACAAAUGUCUGAGUAUGAAGCAAAACAAUGUUAGAAAAUGUAUAAGCAGUCUAGACAUUGACGUCAAUAUUAUUCUCAGAAACAAAUAUAAUUAUGAACAUAUCUUCCUUCAAUAAGACACAUUCUGAAUUGUAUUUCUAUAUAAUGCUAAAUCUAAUUCUAGAUUUGUCCCUUAUAUAAUAAAUAGAUGUGAUUGAGA